AUGGCGAAGAGGAAAAGGACGAGUCGUAAGCCAGUCAUUCACGAUGAAGAUCCAGUUGAGGUGUUACCUCCGGUGGCCCAUGAGGCGGAUGUAAGCGCGCCAGAGGGUAAGGUGGGUUCUGAGAUAGAGCUUGAUAGUAUGAAGGGGUCCAAAAUUCCUGGGUUUGGGAUUCGGCAGAAAGGUGAGUUGGAGUUCACUGAACCUAUUUUCAGGAAUGGACAGAAGCUGGCACAAGUAGACAUAGAAGAGGUUAAGGUUCAGUCUGCUAACUGGACCUCUGCUGUCAUUUUCAUGGUGAUGGGAGCGAAUCCUCCAAUGGCAGUAUUUGAGGGUUUUAUAAAGAGAGUUUGGGGCCAUCUAGGGAUUGCCCAAAUUUCUAGAAUGACUAUGGGGUUAACUUUGGUGAAGUUUAAUGAUGAAGCGACUAGAGAUCAUGUCUUAGAGAAUGGAAUCUUGCAAUUCGAUAGGAAACCUGUCAUUAUCAGACCUUGGACAACAGAUUUGAGUACUAUUAGGCUAAUCCGGUCGGUGCCACUUUGGGUCCGGCUUCAUGACCUGGGAUUGCAAUAUUGGGGCAGCAAGUGUAUUAGUGCAUUGGUGAGCACGAUUGGCAAACCCUUAUUAGUUGAUAAAUUCACAAGGGAACGAUCUCGGAUUCAGUUCGCGAGGGUCUUAGUGGAGAUGGAAAUAACAGAUGACCCUCCCCGAAGCUUACAAUUUGUCAAUGAACAUGGGCAAAUUAUUGAGCAGGGUAUUGAGUAUGAGUGGUUGCCUAACAAAUGCAAGACUUGUUCUGUGUUUGGACAUUCCAUGGCAGAUUGUCGCAAGAAUGUUAAGCCUAUGUGGGUGGAAAAAGGAGUGGGAUCUAAGGCAGUGACUACUAUGGAACAGGGAAAUACAUCUGAGAACAAGACUACAGUGGAACACGUCCAGGAGUUAGGUAGAGAGAAUGGAGUGGAUAACUCAGUCAUUGGCCCUAAUGAUGUUUCUAGUCCAGAGGAGGCUCACAUGGUUCAAUUUAAGGAAAAGGAAAAGGAAGAUACCUGGCAUACCCCUAGACGUACUACGUCCCUGAUCAAACAUGGACAGGGUGCCAAUGAUUUUUCUAAGCAGACUGCUGGGCAACAUAACAGGAAGAAUCAGUAUGGUGUACUUCAAGAACAGAAUUUAGUUCCAGAAAUAGUUAGAAGAAAUAAGAUUGGAAUUGGUGGUUUAUUGGAAACAAAAUUGCGUGGGAAUAAAAUUAGAGAGUUUAUGGAUUCUAAAUUUCCUAACCGGGAGUUCUACUCCAGUCUGAUAAUAGAAGGGCGUUUGUUAAUCUUGUGGAGAAAGGGGCUAGCUAGUUUGACUGUGUUGGAAGAUACUCCUCAGAUAGUUCACUGUCAAGUUCAGUUGGUGGGUGACAGGAGAUGUUUCUGUGUUACUUUUAUUUACGGUUACAACACUGUAGAGAAGAGAAGAAGCAUGUGGACGGAUCUAACUCGUAUCUCGCUAUCUGUUAAGGCCUGGAUUGUUCUUGGAGACUUUAAUGCUCCCUUUUCUGGUGGUGAUAGAUCGGGGGGUAAUGCUAUUACUAGUAUGGAGCUGGUUGAUGCUCUUGAUUGGAAAGUGAAGGCUAAUGUUCAAAAUCUUAAAACUACAGGGUCAUUUUUCACCUGGUCUAAUAAUCAGGAAGGAACAGCCAGGAUUUUUUCAAAAAUUGAUCAUGUUUUCAUUACUGAGGAUUGGUUAGACACUUUCACUCAGACCUUGGCUAAAUUUCGGUGGGAGGUUGUGUUAAGUAGCUGGGAGGUCCCUGUUCAGGCAACUGGUCUUAGAGCUAUUUUUAUUCGUCUAGUUAGGUUGAAGCACAAACUUAAGAGGUUCAACAAGGACUGUAUUGGUGAUGUGGGGUAUGGCUACCAGUUGGCUUCGAUGGAAUUCCAAGAUGCCCAAUUUCACGCCCAAGCUAACCCUCUUGAUAUCAGAUUACAGGAGGUGGUUAAGGAGAAGGCUGCUGAGUUCCAUAAACAAGAACAGAUGUAUCAUAGCUUUCUUGCUCAACGAAGUAAGAUCAAUUGGAUUAGGCAGGGGGAUAUGAACUCAUCGUUUUUCCAUGCUUUUCUCAAGAAACGUAAGACUGAGAAUACUAUCGUUUCUUACAUAAAUGAUAAUGGUGUUCUAAUUGAUGACUUUAAGUUGGUUGUUGACCAUUUUUUUGAGCACCUUAAGAAUCAUUUAGGCUCAUCCAGACCGGCCUCUGGUUCAGUGGAUCUUUGUUGUGUUGAUAUGGGUCCUAAAUUGUCCAUUGAUCAACAACUGUCUCUUCUGUCUCCCUUCUCUAACAGGGAAAUAAAGAAAGCUUUUUUCAGUAUUCCUAGCACCAAAUCUCCUGGGCCUAAUGGAUUUGGAUCAGGUUUUUUCAAACUGCUGUGGAAGGAAAUUGGUCAAGACAUAUGCUCAGCUGUCAAGCAUGGUUUUGCUACAGGAAAAUUUCCUAAGGAGCUGCAUGAAAUGACUAUCUCUUUGAUUCCUAAGGUUGCUAGUCCGGCUAAGGCGUCUGACUUCAGGCCCAUUGCUUGUUGUUCGACUCUUUAUAAGGUCAUGGCUAAAUUACUUUGUUCUCGGUUGGCUUUGGUGCUCCAUUCUCUUAUUCAGUCUAAUCAAGGUGCUUUUGUUCGAGGUAGGACUAUUGCUCAUAAUAUCAUGAUUCUUCAAGAUCUUAUUAAGAAUUAUGGUAGAAGGGUAACUUCUCCUCGUUGUGAUAUAAAGAUAGACAUAAGCAAGGCGUACGAUACUGUUGAUUGGUUAUAUUUGGAAAACCUCUUGAAGUCGGUUUGCUUUCCUAUGAAGUUUAUAGGUUGGGUGAUGAACUGUAUCAGAAAUACCAAUUAUUUCUUACUGUUAAAUGGCCGGGUUCAGGGAAAUUUUAUGGGGAAAAGAGGAUUACGUCAAGGAGAUCCUAUGUCUCCGCUCCUUUUUGUGAUCAUUAUGGAAUAUUUGACUAGAAGCAUUCAAUGGGCGUCCAGGUUCCCUCAUUUCCGAUUUCAUCCAAUGUGUAUGAGCAUAAAUUUGAUCAACUUGUGUUUUUCCGAUGAUAUUAUUCUAUUUUGCCAGGGCAAUAUGGGGGUUGUUAGUGUUCUUAAGGGUGCUCUUGGAGGAUUUAGUGAGGCUUCUGGAUUACAAAUAAACAACUUGAAGUCUAUGGUCUAUUUUGGAGGAGUUCCUGUAGAGGAUAAAAAAGAAAUCUGUCAGUUAUUGAAUUUAUCUGAAGGGUUCUUUCCUCUUCAUUACCUAGGGGUCCCUCUUAGGCCUACGAAGUGGAAGCACUCGGACUGUGAGAUCAUUGUUCAAAAAAUGAGAUCUAAACUAUUCACCUGGUCUAGCAAGCACCUCUCUUAUGCUGGCCGGCUGCUUCUCAUCCAAUCUGUGCUGUUUGGUUUGCGUAAUUUCUGGAUGAAUGUGUUCAUUCUUCCUCAGAGCAUUAUCAAGGAGGUCGAUAAACUUUGUAGACAAUUCCUUUGGGGGGCUUCGGGGACUCGCAGUAAGCUUCACUUUGCUUCUUGGCAGCAGGUGUGUCUUCCCAAGGCUUUGGGUGGUCUUGGCCUUAGAGAUGGGUCUAAAUGGAAUAGAGCUUUGCUGGCCAAGUAUGUCUGGGCAGUCACGAACAAACAGGAUUCAUUGUGGGUCAAGUGGAUUCAACAUAUCUAUUUGAAGGGGGCUGAAUUUUGGAGCUAUGGGAUAAAGCCGGACACUAGCUGGUAUUGGCGGAAACUAUGCCAUCUAAGAAACAAGUUUAGCAAGGAGGAGGUGUUGGCUGUUGGUUUUUCUGGGAAGUUUAAACCAGCCUUGCUUUAUAUCAGUAGCUUAAACCAGCAAAUAGUAGCUUAUAACAGAAUUAUUUGGAAUCGAUCUAUUCUUCCUAAGCAUAGAUUUGUGCUUUGGCUGGUGGUCAAUUCCUUUCUUUUAACUAGAGAUAAUCUUGCUAAAGUUAAUAUGCACUUAUCUAGCUUAUUGUGUCUGGUCUAUGAUGAGCAUUUGGAGAGCCAUCAGCAUCUUUUUUUCGACUGUAGCUUGUCCUUGAAGGUGCUGGAGUUCAUCUUCUCCUGGAUUGGUUUUCCAACCUGGUCUUCUAAGUACUUGACUUGGACAGUCAGCUUAGGUGCUGGGUUUAAUAACAAUUUUAGUCUCACUUUGAGCAUGAUUCUUGCUGCUGUGAUAUAUAGUAUUUGGAGGAAUAGGAAUAGAUGCUUAUAUGAUGGUUUUUCAUUGUCAGCUUAUAGUAUAGCUAAAGAAAUUAUUACCUUAGUGAAGUAUAGAUUGUAUAUGGUUCAUACUAGGAAAGAUACCCCUCUUUUCAAGCGCUUCUUGAAGAAGCUCCAAUUGUAUGUAAUGUGA